AUGAAGGUGCUCCCUGCAUCUGGCCUUGCUGUCCUCCUUGUCACAGCUUUGAAGUUUUCCUCUGCAGACCCCACUGUAUUUGCAGCCACCCCCAGGACCUGGAGGAACAACUUCCACCUCGCACAGGCAUAUCUUGACAAGUAUUACACAAAGAAAGGAAGUCUCCAGGUUGGUGAGAUGGUUUCAAGAGGAGGCAAUCCCAUGGUAAAGAAGAUUAAGGAGCUGCAAGCAUUCUUUGGGCUCCAAGUUACUGGGAAGUUAGACCAGAACACGAUGGAUGUGAUUAAGAAGCCUCGCUGUGGAGUUCCUGAUGUGGCAAACUAUCGCCUCUUCCCAGGUGAACCCAAAUGGGAAAAAAAUACUUUAACAUACAGAAUAUCCAAAUACGCCUCUUCCAUGAGUCCUGCUGAGGUGGACAGAGCAAUACAGAUGGCAUUGCAGGCCUGGAGCAGUGCUGUUCCUCUGAACUUUGUUAGAAUAAACUCAGGAGAAGCAGAUAUUAUGGUAUCUUUUGAAACUGGAGAUCACGGAGACUCCUACCCAUUUGAUGGGCCUCGAGGGACUCUAGCCCAUGCAUUUGCACCUGGAGAAGGCCUGGGAGGAGAUACACAUUUCGACAAUGCUGAGAAGUGGACUUUGGGGAUGAAUGGUUUCAAUUUAUUUACUGUUGCUGCUCAUGAAUUUGGCCAUGCCCUGGGCCUGGCCCAUUCCACAGAUCCAUCAGCACUGAUGUAUCCAACUUAUAAGUACAAGAAUCCCUAUGGAUUCCGCCUCCCUAAGGAUGAUGUGAAAGGGAUCCAGGCCUUGUACGGACCUCGGAAACCAUUCCUGGGAAAACCUACUAUUCCCCACGUACCCCCUCACAAGCCAUCCAUCCCUGAUGUCUGUGACUCCCUCUCAUCCUUUGAUGCCGUGACAAUGCUAGGAAAGGAGCUUCUGUUCUUCAAGGAUCGGAUUUUCUGGAGACGGCAGGUUCACUUGUUGGCAGAGAUUCGGCCCAGCACCAUCACCAGCUCCUUCCCCCAGCUCAUGUCCAAUGUGGAUGCAGCUUAUGAAGUGGCUGAGAGGGGUGUUGCUUACUUCUUCAAAGGCCCCCACUACUGGAUAACAAGAGGAUUCCAAAUCCAAGGUCCUCCUCGGACUAUUUAUGACUUUGGGUUCCCAAGGCGUGUGCAGCGAAUAGAUGCUGCUGUGUAUCUCAAGAAACCACAGAAGACCCUUUUCUUUGUGGGAGAUGAAUACUACAGCUAUGAUGAACGAAAAAGGAAAAUGGAAAAAGACUACCCAAAGAGUACUGAAGAAGAAUUUUCAGGCGUACAUGGACAAAUAGAUGCUGCUGUAGAAUUAAAUGGCUACAUUUACUUCUUUUCAGGACCAAAAACAUACAAGUAUGAUAUAGAAAAGGAAGACGUGGUCAGUGUGGUGAAAUCUAGUUCCUGGAUUGGUUGCUAA